AGCAAAUGUUAGGGUUUUGAGAGGGCAAAGAAGAGGUAAUGGCGACGGCGGACAUGGAUGCUGUGGAUUUCGAGCCGGAGGAGGACGAUCUCCUCGACGAGGAUGUGGCGAUGGAAGACGUGGAGCCAGCGCCGCAGCCCAGGGUGAGAUCUACGAUUAUUGGGGGCGCGCCCAAGCACACCAAGGGGCGGGGGUUUCGCGACGAAGGUAGCAGUGAUCGCUCCAACAGGUUUGCCCGGGAUUUCGAUACCAUUGUCUCGGACGACAAGGACGGCGCCCAGAAGUCUAUCGAGGGCUGGAUCAUUCUGGUGACUGGCGUCCACGAAGAAGCCCAGGAAGACGAUGUGCACGAGAUGUUCGCCGACGCUGGAGUGAUCAAGAAUCUCAACCUUAACUUGGAUCGAAGGACUGGUUUUGUCAAGGGCUAUGCUCUCAUCGAGUAUGAGCACAAGGAAGAGGCCCAGGCAGCCAUUAGCAACUUCAACGGAGCCGAGCUGCUGACACAAACCAUUAGCGUCGACUGGGCUUUCAAAUCCGGGCCUUCCUCGCAUCAGUCCUCUCGAAGCAAUCGCUCCAGGAAAAGGUCUUCUCCUCGAAGCCACAGGUCCCGAAGUCCUGCAAGGCGAAGGUACUGAGCCAUCGAGAGACGAGGAGAGAAAGAACCACAAGCAUUGGGAGAGAUCUUAGCGGUGUAGGCCAUCAACGCCUACAUCUUCUACAUAGCCAAUGUGAGCAUUGCAAAAAGAUUUCUUUUUUGACAUCGUUCUAGUUUGUAUUUUAUAGACAGCCCUUUGAUCCCUUUUCUUUCAAACAGUGUUGGAUCUAUUUACAAUUUGGAUCUUUGAUCAUUUCAUUUACAAAAUCAA